AUGAGGAAGGUUACGACGCAGGUGGACGGGUCACCGGGCGAAGACCCCCCGCCCAAAAAGGAAGGCACUCGCUAUGGCGUAACUCCGGCCUCAACACUCAACACUCAACACUUCCUAUUUCAGCCAGAUAUGUCACAAGCGGAGGCAUCCAGCGGUUCGCCAGAGUCGCUCGAAGAAAAUACUCCACAGGCGACGGAGUCGACGCAAAGCCAGCACUCAUACCAGCUCAAUCCGGAUGCUGGCCUCAAGCCGUAUCAGAUCACACUCAUAACCGUCGGAGGGGCAGUCAAUUCCGGUUUGUUGAUAGGAUUGGGGGAUGCUUUGUCACGAUCCGGGCCAGCCUCGAUCCUGAUCUCCUACACCUUUGUCGGCUUCAUAGUUUUCAUCGUCCUCUCUGCACUCGGCGAGGUGGCUUCUUUUUCACGAGAGCCAACCACCUUACACAGUCAAGCGAAGCAAUUCUGCGGUCCGUCAUUGGGCUUCACGCUAGGAUGGAUAUAUUGGCUGAAAUACAUGAUGGUUAUCAUCAAUCAGAUCACUGCGGGCAUUAUGGUUCUGUCCUUCUGGACUAAGCUUGGAGCUGGGCAAGAGAUCGCUUACAUUACGGUCUUUCUUUGCGUCAUCUUCAGCAUGAACUACUGGAGUGGCCGAUUCCUCGGUCGUUAUGAAGUCCUGAUCUCGUCUUUCAAGAUUGCCAUAGUGUUGGGACUCAUGAUUUUGUCGAUUGUUAUCGCCUUUGGUGGUGGUCCGAACCACAAAAAGGGCUUUCGUUAUUGGAGAAGGCCCGGUGCGUUUGCCAAUGAGGAAGACAGGACCGCAUUGGGGGUGUUUCGCGCAAUAUUCAGAACAUUUCCGGCAACAACUCUCUCUUACCUGGGGACCGAGCUCAUAGGAAUGGCUGUGCUGCACACGCGAGACUCUCGAAAGGCAGCAGCUCGAGCAAUCCAGCAAACAUUCUAUCGCAUCCUGGCCUUUAACCUCGUCAUUGUCACUCUGCUAGGAAUGGCGAUCCCUUACGACGAGGACGUACUAGAGCUGUCCAUAUACACAUCCAAACGCAAGGCCAUGGCAUUUGUUGUAGCUGUUCAGAUGGCCCAUGUGACUGUGCUGCCAGAUAUACUGAACGGUUGUAUUCUUAUAUUUGUUGUCUCCUCAGCAAGUAGGGCCCUCUGCAUGGCAACCAGAAUUAUCCGGGAGCUCUCCUUUGAAAAGAAUGCUCCUCGGUUCCUUCGCCGCGCCAACAAACGAGGUGUACCAGUGUACGCCCUGGGUGUAAGUUUUGCUCCAGCCUUCUUGGGAUUUCUGAACCUCCUCAGUACAUCCGGGCGCCUCUGGGCCUAUCUCGUGAACCUUGUGACCAUGUUCAGUAUAUUGACGUGGAUCUCAAUUCUCAUCGUCCAUAUAUCCUUUGGACAUUUUCGAAAAACUCAUCAAAUUCCUCCUGAAGACGUCCCGUUCAAAGCCCCGUUCGGUAUCCUAGGAUCAUGGGUCGCUCUUGUGCUCUGCAUCUCUAUACCCCUCAUGCGAGCAAUUGAGCUGUCUGAUAACAAUUUCUACAGCAAAGGCCUGGAUGUUGGGGCUUUUGUUACAUCAUUUUUGGGAAUUCCCCUAUACUUUGCUCUUGUCCUGGGGUACAAGGCUGUAUACAGGCGAAGGAGACGCCGUGCUCGCAUGAAGGCACCCGCAUUACCCACAAGAGUGCGAAGCCUCGAUACUGAAACGGACGGCGCAGGACUAGGCCGAACAACAACCAGAGAGAAGGCACUAUGGAGGAGUCGAAUCAUCCCUGUAUGGUUGAUAUGA